UAUAAGCCUGUAAUGACUGAAACAGGUAAUUUCAUUCUGGAAGUAUCAUAAAAUACCACUGGAGUUUUUCAGGGAGUUUUAUUCUAACGUAAAAACGUCAUACUGGCCAGGUAUCAUAGUGUGUUGUCCACAACACAGAUCACUCAGAAGAAUACACACAGAACAGACGGAAUAGAACAAUGCCUCCUAAAAAACCGACGACAACGAAAGCGGCAGCCAAGCCAGCCGGCAAAACUCUUACGCCUGGUGGAGCGAAGUCUAAGGGAGGGGCCAAGGGCGCGGGGCUCGCGGGGGGCACGAAGGCCAAGUCAGCCGCAGAGCCACCUAAAGGACCACCUCUACCAGAAGUAACUAUGGGGGCGAAACAGAUCAUGCCACUACUUACGAAGGACACAGAGGAAAUCCUAAAGAAAUCUCAAAGGUGGCCAUACAUUGUCGAUCCCAAUGGACUCAUUCCUAGAUUACUCCAAUAUAGUGACGUUAAUCUCCUCGAAGUAAUGGUCUCCGAACACAUGGAACCCGAAAGGAUACGAAUGGCAUUGCUAGGAUCGCUGAGGUAUGGUAAACCUGUCGUGUUUGAUAUGGGGGAACUGGAUAUGUUUUCCGCCAUUAACGAAUUUAUGGAUCGCAUCCAUCCCGAUCUAACCAACAUGGUGCUCACAAAGAAAGUGAUUGAAGAAGAAUACAUUGAAAAGCUGAUAAAAUCAACAGACGAUCCGGACUACAAGAAUGCCAUGUUUUACCAGAAGGACGGAUUCAGUUUAGCUUUUGUAACGUCCAAAGAGGAAGUGUCAGAUGACAUGAAAUCGAAGAUGCUGGUGGUCAGGGUGGAGUGAAUGAUGUCACAGAACUGCAUGACGUGUUAUCGUCGUAUAUCAUCAGGAACAAAUAGAUGGUGAUCAUCGGCAGUUUUCGUAAACGAGUUCCAUGUACGGUAGUCGCCGACAUUUCCCGAUCGAUAACAGUCAGUUCAUUGUUAUUUAAGUUGUAUAAGCACCUGACAGCGAUACUCCCUGUAAGUGAAUUACAGUAAUGGUAAGAGCGGUAUAAAGUGAGACAAUUGAAUAUUAUGUUAAUUGUAUAUCGUUUAUUUUCUGUAUAAUUUAUAAAUUACAUUGUAGUUAUAUUGUUUCAUCAAAUUGUGACAAUUUCAAGAAUGUAUGCAUUGUAAAUGAUAUCUGUUAAUUUGAAAUAUUUAUAUUUGUCUGGCAUUGUCACUAUAUAGUCUGUUUGAGAGCUAUGAUCAGGAUCAGGUAAAAUAAUAACUAUCGAAAAUAAAUUUGCGGUUUUUCCCACUGAUAUAUUA